GGAUGGAGAUAAAGAAUUAGUGAGUUAUCUGUAAUGCCAUGUGUAUAAAUGAGUGUAGAGGGCCUAGGAUGGAGUCUUGGAUCCUUACUGACCAGGUUAGAGGAAGAUGCAUCUUCAAAGAAGAUCCCGGAGGAGUGACCAGAAAGGGAGAAAAGUCAGAGGAAAAGAUGCUGGAACCACAGGAGAAUGGCUUGACUGACCUACCAGAUUAUGAGCAUGUAGAAGAUGAAACGUUUCCUCCCUUCCCUCCUCCAGCUUCUCCAGAGAGAGAUGAUGAAGGAGCUGAACCUGAUGACGAGUCAGGAAGAGGAGCACCUGUUCCUGUACCUCAAAGGAGAACAGUUAAAAGGAAUAUCCCCAAGCUUGAUGCUCAGAGAUUGAUUUCAGAGAGAGGGCUUCCAGCAUUAAGACAUGUGUUUGAUAAGACAAAAUUUAAAGGUAAAGGUCAUGAGGCUGAAGACUUGAAGACGCUAAUCAGACACAUGGAGCACUGGGCACAUAGGCUAUUCCCUAAACUGCAAUUUGAGGAUUUUAUUGACAGAGUUGAAUACCUGGGAAAUAAAAAGGAAGUUCAGACCUGUUUAAAACGAAUUCGACUUGAUCUCCCUAUUUUACAUGAAGAUUUUAUUAGCAAUAAUGAUGAAGUAGUGGAAAAUAGUGACCAUGAUGUAACUGCUACUGAAUUAGAUCCAUUUUUGACAAACUCAUCUGAAAAUGUGACGUUUGCUUCUGAGUCAAGUAGAAGCCUAACUGAAGAGCAACAACAAAGAAUUCAGAGAAAUAAACAGCUGGCCUUGGAAAGACGACAGGCAAAGCUACUGAGUAAUAGUCAGUCCUUAGAAAAUGACUUGUUAAUGAACACAUCCGGGGCACAGACAGUUGAAGAUGUUAAUACGGGUGAGGAUCAAAACAAGGAGAAGUCAGAUGAACUUGAGGAAGACAGUCUAGAUAAUCUGCAUAAUGAUGCUGCUGCCAAUACUGUAAAUGAAGAGGAGGAAUUAAAAAUAGAGAAAACUCAACUGGACCAAUCCUUUUAAAUGUACAGCAUUAACUUUAUGCUUCAUUCUGAAAAGUUACUGAGGUUGAAGAGGCCUCAACUAAGA